AUAGGGGAGGGGUGAAUGUUUCUCAGAGGAAACAACGUUACGCGAGUUCAUUCUUUCGGCUCCAUUCAUUGUAUUCUAAGAUGGGAAGCGCAGAAUAGUCAGUGCACUGGUUUGCUUUUUCUUUCUUUUCUUUCUUUCUAGGAAUGGUACAUCCCAAGCUAACGGAAAGGGCGGGGCCUACCCCGGAAGCGGGAAGUGCGAGGCUGUGGGAAGGAGCCAUGGCGGUCCCUUGCGCCUUGGUCGCCGGCUGCGAGGCCGGGUUCCCCGGGGAGGAGCUGGUCAAACGUAUCAUCGGGAAGGAAGAGCUUCCAGAGAACGUUUCCACAGACAUCGGAGCCCGGUUGUAUCCGUGGACGAUAGACAACAAAUACUACUCGGCCCCCAUCCACUUCUGCGUCGUAGAAAAUAGGUUCCUUGUGACGGCGGAAAUUGCUGAGGCCGUGCAGGCUUUCUUGGCUUAUUUUGACAGCACCACGAUAUCUGGACUGGAUAGCAUCUCUUCGUGGCUUCCUCUCGUAGAAGAGUGGCUUCCUGAAGUGAUGAUUUUGGUCUGUGACAGAGUCUCUGAGAAUGGUGUAAGUCGGCAAAAGGCCCAAGAGUGGUGCAUCCGGCACGGCUUUGAGUUGGUGGAACUUAAUCCAGAAGAGCUGCCUGACGAAGAUGAUGACUUCCCAGAAUCGACAGGAGUGAAACGAAUCAUUCAAGCCUUAAAUGCCAACGUCUGGUCCAACGUGGAGAUGAAAAGCGAUCUCAACCAGGGCUUUGGCUUUCUUCCUGCCUUAGCAGGUGCAAACCGCAGGCUUCGCUCGGAAGGAAAUGAAUCUCCAGAACCCCAUCCCUUGCCGGCCGAGAGUGUGGACUCCGCUGUUGACAGAGGAGAAGAUGCCGCGGAGACGGAAGGCGAGCAGAGAGGCCUCGUUGCUGCCGACCCCGUGCUGGACAUGGAUAUCCAAGAGCUCGCCAACCUCACUGCAGGAGAAGGAGACCUGGAGAACUUUGAGCGCCUCUUCUCCAAGCUGAAGGAGAUGAAAGAGAAAGCAGCGACAUUGCCUCAUGAACAGAGAAAGCUGCACGCCGAAAAGGUGGCGAAAGCCUUCUGGAUGGCUAUUGGAGGAGACAGAGACGAGAUCGAGGGCCUGUCUUCGGACGAGGACAACUAGGGCACGAGGGAUGCCUGGGCUGAGGAAUGGCUCUGGGUUGUUCUGCUGCAAACACCACCAGGUUGUUGGCUGCAGUCGCCGUUUUUUCCCCUUUGACAAAAGGCAUCGUUUUUUGAGACUUGAAAGAAGGCUGCUCUUUCAGCAUGUGGUUGCUGCUGCUCUGGAAAUGUGAUGGCUGUCGGCUUGCUGAGUGCGUUUGUGAGGAGACCCGUUCUGGCCGUCCUUGGGAAGCCAACCAGGGCCCAGCCCCAAUGAAAAGGCCUGCCUAGAAACCCUCUCUGUUUUACUUUCUACUUUGUGAGCCGCUCAUUUGUCUUCAUUUCAAAAUCCUGGGAGGGAUGGAGCGGAUGGGAACUCUCAGCAGUAACUUUGGGGUGGAAUAGAGAAGAUGGGGUUGCCCACAAGUGUACUUUGCACAAGAAAAACAGUAUAUUGAUGCUCAUCUUUUGUGUUGUCAAAGGCUUUCAUGGCCGGGAUCACAGGGUUGUUGUAUGUUUUCUGGGCUGUCUGGCCAUGUUCCAGAAGCAUUCUCUCCUGACGUUUCGCCCACAACUAUGGCAGGCAUCCCCAGAGGUUGUGAGGUAUCUGGAGAAACUCAGCAAGAAAGGUUUAUAUAUAUCUGUGGAAAGUCCAGGGUGAGGGAAGAACUCUUGUCAGUUGGAGGCCAGCGUGAAUGUUGUAGUUAAUCACCUCAAUUAGCAUUGAAUAGCUUCAUCCACUGGCUACUUUCUGCCUGUGGACUUUCCACAGAUAUAUAUAAACCUUCCUUGCUUAGUUUCUCCAUACCUCACAACCUCUGAGGAUGCCUGCCAUAGAUGUGGGCAAAACGUCAGGAGAUAAUGCUUCUAGAACAUGGCCAUACAGCCUAGAGAACAUACAACAACCCUCUAAUCUUUUGUUUUGUAUACUAACCAGCCUAGUGUGGUUGUUGCAGACAAGAAGAAAAAAAUACAUGCUUUUCAAGUGUCCCUGUUUGCCACCUCUGUCGGUAGCUAGGAAGGAAAUGAUAGCGAUAACAAAUGGAAGGGGAAAAGCAUUACUCCUGAGUUGUUUAUAAACCCAGAUUAUUUAUCCCUGUGAGGCUGGACUUUGGGGUACCAAACUCUCUCUAAGUUGGUCACAGUUGUGCUUUAUUGGGGGACCGGAUGCCGUGAAACUGCAAGUUGAAAGCCGUUCUACCCUUCUUGGGAUCUUUCUUCUCAAAAGUGUUCUGCGCAAGGAAGAAACGGACACGGGAUUGGGCUGUCUUGACCGUUUGGAAUGAAUGAAUGUAAUGCGUAAUGUCCACAACUUUAAUCAGGCCUGCACAACUUGGCAAUAGUAAAUCACAAAAGGCUAACUCGC